AUGCCAGCCAAUCGAAAUAUAAGAAAUGAGGCUCAGGAGCAAAUCCGAGGAUUCAGGGAGCCAGAUUAUCUGCACCCAGGCCGGUUUGGGAAUCCCUCUGCUGGCACAGUCACCAUUGAUACUUCUGAUGUUGAUUUUAUUAUGAAAGAAAUGGAAAAGAAAAGAAAUGGCUCAUCUAUGAAUUCCAAAAUGCUCCAUACCACUUUUCCACCAGGAGUGAGUCUUCAGAUAGACGAUAACAGAAAAGGGAGCAUUAAAGACUUCUUGGAUAGCAGGUACUACAUCAAAGCAGAUGAAAACCUUGUCAAAGAUGCUAAAUAUUUCUCUGAAGCUUCAUUCUCUCUUCAGGAUGAUCAAUAUGCUAGUGGAGGUACACCACCUCAAGGAUUUCUUUUGGACCCUGUUUCUAGGAAAGGAACUUCAAGGAGCGACUUUGGGUUAGCCCCUUGUGGAGGAGCCUCUAAAGGUCAGGCAAGAUUGUUAGCUGACCCAGGACAGAAAACUGAAGUUCAAUGGCUCAUUAAAGAUCCAGUCGAAGGAGGUCAUUGCCAGAUCAGACUCUCAAGAUCAGAAGAGGAUGACCCGAACUCAUUCGAAUCUCUCCAUGUUGAAGGGAAUGGAUAUGAUAGCAGAACAGGAAAAUUUAAAUGUGGAGAUCCUCACAAAACUGUAGAGACUGCGACUGUCAAACUUCCUUAUGAAACAAGCUGUCCUCAUUGAACACUUCAAUGGGUGUAUGAAGCCCCUGGAUAUGGCAAACUUUACCAAUGUGCUGACAUUUCUAUUGUGGAUCCUGAUAAUAGAGAAGACUGUGAAGGGAAAUGCCAGAAUGAAGGAAUCUGAGAAAACAGAAAAUGCUAUUGAGUAGCAGGAUUUUCAGGAGAAUUCUGUGAAAUUGAAGGUAAAGCUCCCAAAGAUGAAGAAAUCUCAGGUGAAAACGAAGCUGGUGAAAAUGGAGAAACUACAGAAUUUGCCGAGCAAGAUGGAACACCAGAAACAGAGGCUAAAAGUGGGCACGGGUUUUUCUGGUAUUACUUCUGGGGACUACUCCUCGCUCUACUACUUGCUGCAAUAAUCUGUGCUUUACUCUGGUACUUCCUAAAGCCCAUCCUCAACCCUCUCCUCUUCGGCAAAAUAGAAUUAGACGACGAAAAAGAGAGUCUAAACGAAGACAGAAACCCCCCAAGAGAAGAAGAUAAGAAGAAGGAGGACCAACUCAAAGAACAAAGACAAAAACAACAAGAGGACAAGAAAAACGAAGACAGGAAGAAAGAAGAGGCCAAAAAGAAAGAAGCAGAUAAAAAAAAGAAAGACCCCAAAAAGAACAAAAACAACAAGAAGAAAAAGGACUCUAAGUCAAGCUCAAAAUCUAAGAAGAAGGAUAAGAAGGAACCAGCUUAA